UUUGCUUCCUAUAUGCCUGCCUUCAUCGAGCUGUUGAAGAAAAUGCCCUGCACUGCAACUGGUUUUCACUUGAUGUCGACAUGAACCGAACUUAUUUCCCCCUCAAUUUAACAAUAAAAUAAAUUAUAGUACUGUUCUUCACCUUGCAAGUGUUGCUUAGUUGCAACUUUCGAUGGAUUUAAAGUGACCCUCUUGUCGGCUCUUCGGGAAAGAGGAAAUUAUUUCGGCGAGUGGAGCGGAAAUGCUGGGUUUUGAUGGCGGUGUCGAUGUGCGACAGGUGUGUGGGGAGGAUGUGACGAAGCUGGCGAGUCAGCGGAUCCCGACGCCGGAGGAGAUCAACCCGAGCUUCCGGGACUUCACGUUUAUGCCGCGGACGCUGCCGGAAGUGGACACGAGCCGCGCAGUGCUUGCCAUGUUUGCCGAUCUCAACAUGCUUGAGCGAGCCCGGAUGCGGCCGGAAAUACUCGUCAGGUUUAUUUUGAUGGUGAAGAAAGGAUAUCGUGACCCGCCGUAUCACAAUUGGAAGCACGCAUUUUCAGUGGCACACUAUUGCUAUCUAUUGAUCAAGAAUUUGCGGCUCGUCGAAGGUGGAAUUUUGAGCGAACUGGAGUGCUUGUCAUUGAUGAUAGCAACGUUGUGCCACGAUUUGGACCACAGAGGGACGACCAAUUCGUUUCAGAUCGCGUCGCAGUCGGUUCUGGCGUCCUUGUACUCGUCCGAGGGCUCUGUGCUGGAGCGACACCAUUUUGCUCAGACCAUGUGCAUUCUAAAUACCAGCGAAUGCAAUGUACUCGAAAACCUUCCACCGAACGAGUAUGAAGAGUGCAUCAAUCUCCUGAGGGAACUCAUUUUGGCGACGGACUUGGUGAACCACUUGGGGUUGCUGCCGCAGCAAAAGCAGAUGGCUGUGGAGGGCUACGAGCCGACGAAUCCCACGCAUCACAAGUUGCUCAGGUGUCUGAUUAUGACGGCGUGCGACUUUUCCGACCAGACGAAAGACUGGGUGUCGUCCAAGCGAAUUGCAGAGCUCAUCUACAAGGAGUUUUUCAGCCAGGGCGACCUGGAGAAGGCCAUGGGCAACCGGCCGAUGGAAAUGAUGGACCGGGAAAAGGCGUGCAUCCCGCGACUCCAGAUUCAGUUCAUUGAAGACUUUGCCCUUCCUGUCUUCUCGACGCUGGCAGCCUUGUUCCCGGCCUGCAAAAGCUCUCUGGGCGCGCUGAAGAGGAACAAGCACUGCUGGGAAAUCGCGCAGAAGAUCUUCCUCAGCCGGAAGUCCGAGUGCCGGACGUCGUUGGAGAUACUCGAGGACGAUUCCCUGGUGGACGAGGUGAUGACGAACGCGAGGUGCGACGCUGUGGAGGGUUCGAGGAACCCGUGUCAUCGCUUGGAGAGCUCUCUAUCUGCCGAGCAGACCCAGACUGGGGGCAAGAUAUUCAACGGCGAGGGCCUAGGUGCUGGCAACCAGUCCCGUUGCAAGUGUCGCAGCGAGUCAGACAUGGAUCUUGAAAGUGGAGUCUGAAGCGGAAGAGUGGAACAAAUUACAGUACAUUUUGGGAUGAAAGUUGGCCGGGAAAUUUUCUCCAUGUCCAAGUGGUUCCUGAGCAGAUUCUGAGAUUUUACUGAUUUUGUUCCUGUCAAGAAAAACGUGUUCAAGACUUCAGGAUGCUCAUCAGUGCACAUCACGCGAAAAGUCAUCGGAAUCUCAGGAGGAAAAGAACCACCUGCAUUUGGAACACCAAGAAAAUCAUGGAAACUAUAGCCGCUGUCUGAGGAACCCUGCUGUGUAGUUGUGCGCAUUUAUCCCAGUUUUUUUUCUCAAUUGCUGAUUCGGGAAGAUCGCUCAAUUUUUGUCAAUGUACUGGAACCAGACUUUGAUGGUGAAGUAGGUCUAUUUAGUGGCCUUUUUUGCGUAGCAAAAUGAAUAAGUGGCAAUUUUUCGGCGUUCCGUUGAGCAAUUUCAGUCGUGACAAUGUUUCAAUUUUUCUUCCUCAUGAUCCCUAAAAUAUCUUUUGGUGUCCAGUGUUGAGAAAAGCUUUCUCUCUUAUUGGAAGAGAUUAUAUACUGGCGGGGGGGGGGAGGAAAAUGGGC